GGAACAGGCGGCACAGUCAGCCACCAACAGCACCACCAUGGCAUUCAAGUUCGUCGCCUUCGCCGCCCUCCUGGCUGCCGCCAACGCCGGAGUGGUGCCCACCGGCCCCGUGGCCUACGCCGCCCCCGCGGCCUACGCUCACGCCGCCCCCGUGUCCUACGCACAUGCCGCCCCUGUGUCCUACGCCGCCCCCGCUGCGUACGCUCACCAUGCCCCCCUGGCCUACGCCGCCCCCGCCGUGGCUAAGGUUGCCGCCCCCGUCGCUUACGCCGCCGCCCCCGUCGUCGCCCACGCCAAGACCGUCGUCGACACCGACUUCGACCCCAACCCCAGCUACAACUACGCCUACGACAUCCAUGACUCACUGACCGGUGACAACAAGAACCAGCAGGAGUCCCGCCAGGGAGACGUUGUCCAGGGCUCCUACUCCCUGGUUGAGCCCGACGGCACCCGUCGUACCGUCGAGUACACCGCCGACCCCGUCAACGGAUUCAACGCCGUCGUGCACAGAGAGCCCGCCCACGUCAAGGCCGUCGUCGCCAAGGUGGCUGCCCCUGUGGCCUACGCCGCCCCCGCUGCCUACGCUAAGGUGGCCGCCCCCGUCGCCUACGCCGCCCCUGCUGCCUACGCUAAGGUGGCCGCCCCCGUCGCCUACGCCGCCCCCGCGGCGUACGCCCACCCCGCCCCUGUGGCCUACUCCACCCCCAUCGCCAAGGUCGCCGCCCCCGUCGCCUACGCCGCCCCCGCUGUGCACUCGUACGCCGCCCCCGCCGUGCACUCGUACGCCGCCCCCGCCGCCUACGCCAAGGUGGCUGCCCCCGUGGCCUACUCCGCCGCCCCCGCCGUCUACUCGGCUUCCUACUCCUCUCCCUACGCCACCUACCACCACUAGAUGUACCUACCCUCAUCCUCAUCCCUUGUAAAUAUUGUGAUAGUGUAUGUUUUAGUACACGGUGCCAAAUAAAUUAUAAACAAAG